ACAGAAUACGGAACGGAAAAUUGAAUAUCACUUUAAUUACUUGAAAAUUAUAUGCAUGUUUAUCAUUUUACAACGAAUUAUUAUUUAUUUGAUUCCUGUUUCCAAUGUUUCACGAAUCUCUAAACUUAAUAUGAUUUGGUUUCCGAGCGCGGAAGGGAAGCAACUAAUGCACAUAGUAUAAAGAUGUUUUAUAGGAAGAUUAAAGAUUAAACAUAUAUCUAUCACCAAAGAAGUGUUUUGAAAUGAUCCAUGCGUUAACUUUGCAAGAAUUAUAUUUUCACUUACAUUCAACACAAAAAACUUGUAAUAGUUAUCUCAGAUUUUUUAAUGAUCGCAUCGUUUUCAGUGCAAUAUGACACUAACUAGCUUGGAAGGAGUUUUACAAACUCGCGAUUUGUUUGAGGUCAACUUUACAUGUACAUUCAAUAUGAUUUUAAAAAAUCAUCAAUCAAACUCGUUAUUAGUCAUAAUUUUAAAAAAAUGGUUUAAAAUGAAAUUUGUUAUUAUGAUGAUCAAACUAGCUGUAAGUUUAUAUUAAGUCUGAAAAGAUAAUUUUGUAAUUUAAUUAAAUAAGAAUAUUAUAAAAUAAAGAGUCAAAUCCAUCCAUUAAUGAUUACGUAAAUGUUGCAAUGCAAAAUACUUUUAUGAAGAGGAACUGCAUAUACAUGUAAUUGGUUUAAAAUGAUAGGGAUGAUAUAAAAAUAUGUCCCUAUGUAUAAAUAGUAACUGCAACAACAAAAGCCGGAAAAAGUCAUAAUUAGCUACGUGCAUCACAGUGAAAGAUCACAGUGAAAGGUUGAAAUCAACAGUUCAUGAGGAUGUUAUUUUUAAUUUUCAUUCUUAUUCAAGGAUCGUUGGCGAAAAGUACGAGUGGAACGAUCACAUCACCUGGGUAUCCUGGACCAUAUCCUCUCAACACUAACGAAACGUGGCUUAUAAAUGCACCAUCCAAUGCAGCUGAAAUUGUUAUCAUUAUCCAUGAUCAAGACAUACAUCAAACCAUAGGCUUCCCUUGUGAUGAUUUUUUAAAGGUGGAAGAAAUGCUAACCCAUUUCGUUCUUUACAGACAGUGUGGUACUAAAUUUAACAAUGUAUUAGUAGCAAAAGGCAAUGCUGUCGAGGUAUCAUUCAGAUCAGAUGACUUUGGUUCCGGAAGAGGUUUUAAGUUAACCUGGUCAGUGUCAAAGUAUGCCACAAGAACUACAGAAAUCAUGAAAUCGAUAGUUGAUGCGACUACCAAUUCAACAGAUCUAUCUUUAAAUCAUUCGACAAGAAAUACCGCUUAUUCUAUGCUUGAUUUGUUUACAAAUCAUUUGGUUUCUAGAGCAACUAAUGCGACAUCAGCCGUAAAGAAAAAGGAAUCCUUAACUUUGGUUAGGGUAACACAUUUUUACAGAACAGUUCCACAAAUAUUAAACAUACCUUCACAUAAGGCGAAACUUUCGUACAAAUACAAUACUGUUACUCCAGUAAUCAGCCUUUCAACUCUUUUUCAAAAGCGCCAUUAUUCAGUUUCUUCUGUACAAAAAUCUUAUCCUUCUACAACUGAUCAAAUUAAACAUGAAUCUGUUACCAAAAAUACAAUGGAAUAUAAACCGAGUUCAUCCAGUCAUGGACGAGUCGCAAUGAGUUCGUUUGGAAAACCAAAACUGACUGAAAAAGCAGCCUUUGCUUCUAUUCAGCAAACUGUUGAAACGACUACGUCAGAAAAGAAAUCUCAAAGGGACACUUUUCGAAAAACAACAGAUAAACUAUAUUUUUGGAGUAAAGCAGAGGUUAAAAGUACAACGUCCGAAAAACAAAGUACAAAUUAUUCCAUGCCAUCAGAUGUUGUCACUGCUAACACUACUACGGUAAUGAAAAACAGCAAUUUUGACGACAAUUAUACAGUUCACCAAACUACAAUAUUAAGUAAUGAAGCAAAUACAAAUAAAACUGAUGAUAUAACAAGCAGAGUAAGCAGUGAAGCAACAUAUUUGAAAACUACUUUACCAAAUACCUGGGUGAAUGAUGCUUCUGACUCAUCAGAUUUUCCCUGGAAUUUCGUUUGUGUUCUUGGAAUUUUUGUCCUGUUGAUGUGUGUUUUAGUUAUCAUUAUCUUUGUUCAACAAAAGAAAAUCAAAAGACUUAAACAUAGGUCAAAUGUGAACUGUUUAAACGACGAUGACAGUUAUAAAACGAUUGCAUGUGUAGAUGAAAAAAGAAGUAAGAAUCGGACGUAUUCGAAGCUGCUGACUAGCAAGAUGCAUAAAAGUAAACGCCAAACGAAUGUAGAUGAUGAAAUGUAUCUUUCAAUAGGAGAGGGUCUUACAAACAAGAAAACAAACAAAUCUGACUCUUUCAACAAUACAUCGAACAGGCGUGACUUUGCUCCACUUGAUUUGACAGAACUGAAAGAUAUACCUACUUAUAUAGAAAUUGUACCGGACCGCAUUUCAAUUUGUAAUAAAACUACAACAUUUGCAAGUGAAAAGGUAGUUUCCGAACCUUUCUACACCGAAAACGAAGAACAUAGUAUUCAUUUGUCAAUAGAGGGAUCAACUCCACUAUCAAAUGCGUAUUUGGAAAUUAAUGAUAAACUGUAACUAUAUUUGAUGCGUAAAUCUUUAAUGUUUAAGUGCCGAAACGCAAUACUAACAAUAUAUCAUGUCGAUAUCCAGUUUAGAUCGUGGUGAAGUUCGUUUAACAAUAGCGUACACCUGUUCAACCAUGCGCCUGUCAUCGUCACACUCCUUUGAAGAGCAUUGACUGAAAAGAACCCUGUAACACUAAUUUUUGUUUAAAAUUCCUACCUUGUUAUAAUGUAUUACAGAAAGAAUGUAAAGCAGGUUAUAAACACUUAAACCAAUUUGGCUUCUUUUAUUUUUAUUAUACCCAGUUAUUUUUUGUACGCAUUUAUCCUUUAAACCCGUUUCACAGAACUUUGUGACACUUAGUAGAUAAUUAUGACACAACGUGUAAACGUGCAUAUUUACCAGAUUCCAAUUGUUUUCUUUUAAACCUAGAAUGUUGGCUCUAUUUUGAAUUUAUAAAGUGCA